GACAUGCGGCUCCUUUUCCUGGCAGUACUGAGGCCUCACACUGGCAACGCGGUCACGGCUGGGCGCCUGCGGGACCACCUAGAAGCUGCAGGCCACAUGUGUGUUCUGAGAGACGCCUUUGACUUUGAAAGCCCAUCUGAAAUCGCCAACCUGAUCGUGGACGAGAAUCUGGAAGCAGCACUAGCUCUUCACCUCUACCGAGGAGGCCGACUUCUGCAAGGUCACGGCAUUCCUUUCGGGGUCAUCUUUGGUGGAACUGAUUUAAAUGAAGAUGCCAAUCACGAAGAAAAAAAGGAAGUCAUGGGGAAAGUUCUGGAAGAAGCCAGGUUUGCCGUGGCUUUUACUGAGGCAAUGAAGAACACAGCACAGGUGCAGUGGCCACAUGCAACUGGGAAGAUCUUUGUCCAGAGUCAAGGAAUUGCAACAAUACCAAAUGGAGACUUUAAUUGGAACGCCUUCCUCCAGCAAUCAGAGAUCGACCAAAGUGCUGACAACCUGUACAUAUUCCUUGUAAUAUGCGGACUCAGACCAGUGAAGGAUCCUCUGUACCUGGUGGAUGCGUUCUCAGAGUGGCAUCAAGAAACGCCCAAUGUUUACAUGGUGAUUGUAGGCCCUGAGGUAGAUCCAGUGUUUACAAGGGAAGUGAAAGACCGGGUGAGGAGGGCUGCAGGAGUCCGGCUGAUCCAAGAGAUGAGACAGGAAGAUCUUCAUGCAGUGGUGAAGAGCUGCUUUGCACUGGUCAACAGCUCAGUCUCCGAGGGCAUGUCAGCCGCCAUCUUGGAGGCAAUGGAUUUGGAAGUUCCCGUGCUAGCCAGGAACAUCCCUGGGAACUCAGCUGUGGUAGAGCAUGGAGUCACGGGAUUGCUGUUUUCAAACCCUCAGGAGUUCAUUCAGUUGGCAAAGAGACUGGUUAGCGAUCCCGCACUGGAAAAGGAAAUCGUGACCAACGGAAGGGAAUACGUGAGGACACAUCAUUCCUGGCAGGUGGAGAGGGACACCUACCAGCGCCUCAUCAGGAAGCUGGAGAUAUAAACUUGGAGGUAUAAAUGAUGGAAGUUUGUGCCCACCACAUCUGUCCCAACGACCACCAGGUGCUCAGCUCUGGGUAGACGCCAAGAGAUGGGACCCAGUCCUGGACCACUGGAAUCCUAAGAGUCCCCAGAAACACAUCCACCCCCAAGUCUCCUCCUGUUUGGCAGACAGUUCUGCUGUGCUUAUAGCUCAGGUCUGGAUGGACUUAUAGCUCACUUCUGAAAGUGCUUGUGACUCAGUCCGAACAUUGCUUACGGAUCAGGCCUCAGUAGGCUUGUAGGCUCGCUGCUGAAAGUGCUGCUGGCCCAGUCCAGGAUGUGUUUGCAGCUCAGUGCAGGAGAUGGAGGUGCAUCUCGGGCCUUUGGAGGAGUGUUCCAAGAACUGUUUUUACAACGUAUGGAGGCUUAUUUAUAAGCAGACCCUUCCCCUGCCUUCACAGCGAAGAAACAAAAAGGCCAGGAUGGCCAAUGGAAUGGAGUAGAGCAUUUUUGAUAUGCUCUUGAUCUACAAGUCAUCACAGGGUCCUGAUGGGCUUGGGGGGAGGCAGGCUGUGGCUGGCAUGCUAGUAAGCUCAGGGAAGGCUGUGAACAUAUCAGGUUGUAUCACUUCUCCCUAGUGCACCUGAGCGCCCAGCCUGCUUUCCAAAAGAGGCCCUGCCCACCUGUAUGACAUCACAGAGAGCCUGGACGGUGAUUGGAUGGGGAGGGGCGGUCUUUCCUCUUACCACUAAGGACUUGAGAAGGAGUGUUGACUGAGUCACAAGACUCCAGACAGUGGUGGGACCCAAGACUAUGACAGGGAGGUCACUUGGGUACCGGAAAUCAGUCUGGGUGGCGGGGGUGUCUUUCAAUGGGAGCUCCGUUCCUUCGAUGGGUGCAGCGCUCGGUACCUCCAGCGACCCUUUUGUUGAAUUUCAACAAGGCUGUGCUACUGUGAGCAGGACGUGGAAUGGCCACCUGUGCUAUAAAGCAAGCAGCUUGGCGGAGGAGAGAAAAAUGCAGCCAAGAGCCACACGUGCAUGGAAAGUAUCCGGCUGUGGAGGAAACGGAGGAGUCAGAAUCCAUAUCAGACUUGAUCCAACUCAGAAGGCACAUCUGGGCCUUUUGCUUUUCUUAGCAGUAGCGGCAUCUCCUUUUUAAGAGAAUCCGGCUGGAAGGAAGCAAACUUUGUAAACCAGAACUUCAGGGAUGAAGUCAGAGCUCGAUUCGAUAGGAUGCAGUUCUCUCGGUUUUCUAUUAUUCUGUACCUCAGAACCAGCACUGUCACUUUCGCGAAGGCUCCAGCAGAGGCAGCGGCAAUCCCGCACUGCUUGAGCUUCAAGCAUUUGCAGGAGCCCUGAGAAAUGUGUCCAUUU